AUGAUGCGCCAGUCUGUCACAAGCCUGGCGAGGGUCUCCCUCUUCCGCCCGACUGUCCAGCCUGCCCGUGUGGCGCAGACUGUCUCCCAAAGGACGUUCACCUCACUCCCCUCCCUCCGUCCUUCAAUUACUCCUCUCACAUCUGCCUUCCGCCGGCCAGCGAUCACGCCCUUUGCCCCUUCAACAGCAAAUGUCGUCGAUGUCGUCCCCACCAGUGCCGUCACGCAACAUCCUGCCCUGGCCUCCAUGCAGCUCUGCUUCGGCCCGCGUAACACCAUGAACCGAAACACGCGAUUGAUCCAGAAGCGAAGACACGGAUUUCUUUCUCGCAUGAAGACGAAGGACGGCCGCAAGAUCAUUGCACGGAGGAGGGCGAAGGGACGCAAGAAGCUGGGUUGCUAA